AUGCCCUACCUCCUGGUUUGGAGCCAUGUCCGUGGUCAGCUUCCAACGUACCUUGACGGGAGCCAGGACCCAGCUUUGUUGAAGCAGCUUGGCGCAAAAGUUACCAAGCCCCUAAUGGUGAAGCGUGCAACGGUCCAUACAGAUGACUUUCCGGGCUCCGUGCUCAACAAGCUGGAAGGAAUGGGCUACAAGGUGGUCGCCGUGUCUGGAAACCCGCUAGGCACCGUCUGGACCGUCCACAAGUCGUGACGAGGGGAACUUUCGACCGAAAAGAAAACUACAAUCCACAAGGGCCGCUCAAGGUUCACCAGGCCU